CCAAAAUAUGCGUUGUUAAAAACGCGCCAAUCUUCGAAAUUUCCAAACCCCCACUUUCGUCCCAGAAUCCAAAUCCCCUCCUUCAAAAACCCACAAUCAAAAUCCAUUACCCCCUUUCAAGUAAGCCAUCGCCACCAAUCCCAAACCACCCAUGCAAUGGAUUCAUCGAAACCAAAACGCCACAAACCUCCCAAUAACCCUCCAAUCGUCGACCAAACCCCACAAAACGAUUCCAACAACGAAGGUAACAAAAACCCAAUCGUCGAUAAGACCCUAGUUUCCAGCGACGAUCAUAACCCAGAUGACAGAAUCAGCAACUUACCAGACCCAAUCCUCUGCCACAUCCUCUCCCAACUCCCCACCAGAACCGCCGUCGCCACCACCGUCCUCUCAACCAAAUGGAAACACCUCUUCGCUUCCAUCCCCAAUCUCUCUCUCCGCAUCGACGACGCCGCCGUUCCGAACAACGACCAACCCAGUCCCAACUUCCCCAAUUUCAUGUCCCACUUGCUAACCGUCACUCUCCGCGACGCGGGUUUACGCGAAUUCGUCCUCCACUGCAAUCACGACUACGGAAAUGCCCGCAUUGACUCUUGGGUUUCCGCCGUGUUAGGGUUUGAUGUCACCAGGCUUGCGAUUUUCUUCGCUGCGGAGAACACUGGUGUGUCAACUCCAAGUAUUUUUAAUAGCACUACGCUUGUGUCAUUGUCAUGGAGUCAGCAUUUUGCUGUGAAUGUCCCUGGCAAAGUUUGUUUACCGAAUCUGAAGCGGUUGUUGCUAGAUUUCGUUAUAUUUCCCGAUGGGGAAUCGUUUGGGAGGGUUCUUGAUGGGUGCCCUGUGCUCGAAGAUUUGUGUUGUUACAGUUGCGAAUUCGAGGAUAUUGAAAUUCUUCGAAUUUGCUCGGGUUCACUUAAGCUUCUUAUGCUAAACAACUGCUGCCCUGAAAGCGAGUACGAGAUUGAGAUUGAUACACCGGAGCUUGAAUUGCUCUUAUACGACGAUGAUGUGGCCACGUACUAUCCGGUGACGAAUCUUAAAACUCUUGUUAAGGCUCAUGUAGACAUUGGACCAAGUAAAAAACUAGUGGACGAAGCAGACGUUGAUGAGUUACUGCAUUAUGAUCAAAAUGUUGCAGAAUUUGUUGGAGCAUGCUGUAAUGUUUCCUUUCUAUAUUUAUCGGGGACUUCGGUGGCAGCUAUUCGUUGUUCCUCCAGUCCAAUGCCUACUUUUCACAAUUUGACGGAAUUAGAGCUAGGUGGUCUCAACAGUUUUGGGUGGCAAUUGCUGCCACACUUGCUUGAACGUGCACCUAAUCUUGAAGUCCUUACCUUUACACGGGGGCUAUCCGAGGAUACAGGGUGCUUUACAAGAUUUCAGAGUGGUCUGGCAAAUAAUGUGCCUGCAUGCUUAUCGCUGCACCUUCGUAGUAUCUACUUUGGGGGAUUUAAUGGGGAGCAAGAUGGAAUGGAACUCGUAUGUUAUUUCUUAACCUAUGCUCAAGUUUUGACAAAGAUGGAAUUCAGCUUUUGUUCUUCUAUGCCUUUGGAGAAGCAGUUAUCCACCUGGACGAAAUUACUAUUGUUGCAAAGUUACUCGAAGAACUGUAAGAUGGAUUUCCCACAUGAAGUCAAAGAUGACAUUGUCAACUUUUGUGACAUGGAUGGAAGCCAGAAACUCACCCUGGAGUACAUCCGGGAACAUGAAAUGGAGAUCAGAAGAAUUCUUGAUGUGGUUCGCCGCAGUUCUAUAUGAAGUACAUGCUAUGUUGUCCUUUAUGUCAGGGAUUAAUACAUAUUUCAUGUUUCUUUUCGUCGCUUUUGUUAAUUUCAUGUUGACACUAAAUUUUGCAACCAUGUUUACAAGAUUUCUUCUAUACCAUUUUCCCUGCUUUUCUUCAAGUCACAUCACAACUG